AUGUUCGCCAUGUCGCAACACACAUAUGCCUACGCGGCGCAACCAGCACCCGCACCUACAAGACACUACUCCAACCACAGCACCAGCAGCGCCUUCAGCAGUUCCGCCAACCCCGACGAGGACUGGACCAAGAUCUCAGAUCUGGCCGAGCGCAGGAGGAUACAGAACCGCAUUGCCCAGCGCAACUACCGUAUGUACAAGAUGCCCGACCCCCAGGGCCAGCUGGGAAGCCGAGUGUACCGGGAGCUAAACGUUCCUCCAACAGGCAAGAAGCUUAAGAAGAGGCUGGAGGAGCUUGAGAGGCGCGCGGGGACCUCAGAUGAUGCCUCAUCAUCCGGCAACGAGAAGGCGAGCCCGCCGGCGAAGACAAAGCGCACACAGGCAGCCAAGACACAAAAGCAAUCACCACCUGCGCAAAUGAAGCCGACCUUGCAGGGCCAAUAUACGCCUCCCAUGCACCACGACGAUGAGUACCUCUUCGCCCACUCCUACGACGAGCGCGAGCGGUCCAACACCCCGCCCAUGUUCGCCUACUCAACAUACCCCCCGCCCCCCGAGGAGAUGAUCAUGCCACCGUACGGGGCCGUGCAGAGCUACCACCGGGCCAUGCCGACCGAGUCGUAUCAGGAGUACCUUUCACCGCCGCCGGUGCCCGUGACCCUGCCGUCCAUGACGCACUUCAGCGACGCCAUCAAGCGCGAGGCGACGGCCUACCCGGGGGCACCUGCCGAGGAGCCCAUCUCCUACAUGAGCUUCAACGGCUACCCUUUGCCGGGGAUCGACAUGACGGCCGCCCACCCCUCGCCGUACGACCAGAUGCCGCAUACUCCGCCUCUCUCGCAUUCCUAUGACCAUUCCACAACCUGCUCGGAUUCGGGGAGCUACGAUGCCUACCCCACCACCCCGCUCUCCAUGCCGGGUUCGCCUGGUAUGGUGCAGCACGCGUGA